CUUCGUAUGUACGAUUUCGCAAGCCGACCCUCGUCGCGUAACCUCCACCAUCCUAUCUCCGAGCACCCUGCGAUGGACCCUGCCGGGCCGCUGCAGCCGCCGAACCCCCGGUUCGGGCAGAUCCCUCUCCCCACCCCCAGAGGCCUCGGCGUCGGCGGCUGCGGUGGCGGAGCCGCCCACCGCCGGGCCCACUCCGAGACCUUCAUCCGCGUUCCCGACGACCUCCUCUGCUACUCCGACCUCGACUUCGGGAUCCCGGACAUGGACUUCUCUUCUUUCUCCGAAGAAUACCUCUCCGGCGACGGCGGGGCCCCGAUCGCGGCGACGGGGAGGCCAGUCCCCGGGGCCCACCUCAGGAGCCUGUCGGUCGACGCCGCGUUGUUCGAGGGGCUGUCGUUCCAGGGCGCGGCAGCUGGAAGCGGCGACGACGGCGUCUUGGGGUCGGAGAGGAAGGGGCACCACCGGCGGAGCGGGUCGAUGGACGGGGCGGCCUCGCCGCUCGAGCAGGAGUCGUUGCCGCCGCUGUCGGAUUUCGCGAAGAAGGAGAUGGCAUCUGAUAAGCUCGCCGAGCUGGCACUGAUCGAUCCCAAGCGUGCGAAAAGGAUUCUUGCAAACAGGCAAUCUGCUGCUCGUUCGAAGGAGAGGAAGAUUCGGUAUACAAGUGAACUUGAAAGAAAGGUUCAAACACUCCAAACAGAGGCAACCUCUCUCUCAACACAGCUUACACUUCUGCAGUUUGCUGCUGAAAUCAACAAGCAACUUUAUUCAGAUCCUCUUAGACCUAUCGGUGUAAUCUGUCAAUUGGCUUUCAUUAGAAGAUGGAAGAGGAAGGAACACAGGAGGAUCAGAUGUGGAUCUUUAUAUAUGUUGAUGAACAUGAGCUGAUCAAGCAAGGAAAUAGAAUUAGGUAAGUGAAUUGGGAUGCAGUCGACAGGGAGAAUAUAUACUUUUCAAAUGGAGCAACAUGGACUCUGUAUAGUGUAACAGAUGAAACUAAAGAAUUUUUUCCUACUUCAUGCACCUGUCUAUUGACCAGAGUCAUAAUGUAGGGGCAAGUUGCAAAGCAGAGAAUCAAAUCUGAAAAUUCUAUUGUUAGGAGCUUUAGAUUGAAGCAAACUUGGCAAAUGGCUACACUAAUGGUUAAACAUUGGAAGAUCAGCAAAUCUUGGUAAAGUAAUUGUGGUGAUGAAGGUAGGAAAAUCAAAGAAAUGCACAAGUAUCUCUAAUGCAUUAUACUAGAUUAUGCAUGGUGUUUGGAAUCAUGACAAAAUUGUUAUGACAUCAUUAUUUGAUGCUUCCUGACAACUAAGGAUUAACCUAAAAAAGUAGCCAAGUGGAGUAACUGGGACAUUGAGCUUAAAAGAGUAGGGCAAGUUGGCCAGAUAUGGCUCCAUUUUCUCUUUAUGAUUUCUUGUCAAUAAUUUCUCGCCGAAAAAGGACAAUAAUGAGUAGCCAAUGAUUCAACAUUGGACCUCUGUUUCUUUUUUUACCCUCGUGAUUCUGCAUUUGGAGUUCCAUUCCUGUCGAUUCUCGUUGAUCUUGAACUAUUUACCUUCCUUUAGACAUUAUGUUAAUUAAUAGCAGAUAUGGUGUUUAUUGCAUUCUCAUGUAAAUAUGCAAUUUAUUUUUUGUUGUGUUUCCCUUAAACAUCCUUGCAUUUUACAUUUUAGUUCUUUUGACCAGAGCAAAAUAACAUAUUUGUUUUUAAUUUCUUCAAAAGGGCAAAAGUUUUUUUUUUUUUUUUUCAAGCAUUGAUUAUGAUUUCAAUUUGUUCCAUCUGAAAGUAGUUUACUUGUCAAUGACCCCACAUUUUGUUAUAUAUUGAAUACAUGACUAAUGUCCAACUUCCUAACAAA